GAUCGGGUUACACGUGGGCCUGGUUUAGCUCGAAUCAGAGCUCCCAACACCAGGAAGACAACAGAUUAGGGUUUUGUUCACACCCACAACCAAUUCAUCCAACCUCAUGGCGAAGACCUCUAUGACCCUCACCGUCAAGGAGGGGCAACCGCCUCCACCAUUAUGUGCGGCAGCAGUGUCAGGGGAAAGUGGUGGGGGCGAUCCUAUGAGAUCCGUGAAUGAACUUCGCAACCUCUCUACUGUUCUACACGCAUUUAGACGAAGAUGGGACGAGUUGCAGAAGCAUCUGGAUUUCAUUCAAGAUGCCAUUGCCAGCAGGUCCAGAGAGUUGGAUGCUUCCCCGCAACAUCACCAAGCUCUAGCUUCCAAUACCUUGGAAACAUCUAGUCCGGAAUCAGCUGAUCUACAUUCAGAACCAAUGCCAGCGCAGACAUCCGUGUCGGAGCUUGGAUUUCUCUGCGGAAUGAUGCGUAGCCGAGGCCUCCGCAAGUACAUCAUCUCACAUCUCUCGGACGUUGCCAAGCUCCGUGAAGAAGUCCCUGCAGCUUUAAAGGGCGCUCCAAAACCUGCCAAACUUGUACUUGAAUGCAUUGGGCGCUUUUUCCUCCAGGGAAGCAAGGCAUUCGGCAAAGCCACCCACAUGGUUCCUUCUCGACAAGCAUCACUUCUAAUUUUGGAAUUUUUUCUACUCUCUGACUGCACCGAGAUGGAGCCAUCCGUGAAGGAAGAAGCUGAUUUAGCUGCAGUUACUUGGAGGAAGAGGCUUAUCAAUGAAGGUGGAGUUUCCAAUGCCAGUGACAUUGACGCUCGGGGUUUGCUUCUUCUGGUUGCUUGUUUCGGCAUCCCGGCUUUAUUUAGGAAUGAAGAUCUCAGGAAUUUGAUCCGGCUAAGUUGUCCAAAGGAGAUUUCUGAUGCCUUGCGACGCUCCCGUUUUCUCCUCGCCAGGGUCCCAGAUGUAAUUCAGGGGAUGAUAAAGAAUCAAAUGAAUGUUGAAGCUGUUGACUUUGCUUAUACUUUUGGGCUUGAAGAGAAGUUUCCUAUUUGGAAAAUUUUGACAUCGUUCUUGCAAGAGCAUAAAGAGGAAUGGAAAAGAACAAGAGAAGAGGAUUCACCUAUUAGACUGAAAAAAGCAAAUGAAAACUAUUUGUCAGCUAUGAAAUCUGUGACCAAGUGUUUGGAAGAUCACAGGGUAGAUCCUUCCAAGCUUCUUUCUGGAUGGCAUAUUAAUGAAAAGAUAAUCCAGUUGGAGAAAGAGAUGGCUGAUCUUGAUAAGAAAAUGGAAGGCAAGGUGAUGCUGAAGAGAAAAGCAGAUGAAAUUGACUCAUUGAAGAAGAUGAAAACUCGAGAGAUAAAACAUUCACCGAUUGCUGCACCAUCCUCAGUGAUUGGGUUGCAAGAGCAGAGGGUUGCUGAUAACAUGGCUAGCAGGAGCUUUUAUGAUAGUACAAUGCCAAUAAACUUCUCAGACAGUGGAUUCCCUGGUCAUAUAAGUACUUAUCCUGCUGCUUCAGCCAUGCUGCAUGGAUCUGGUGGUGGGUCCUUGCCUGAAAAUAUUAUUGGCACGAUGUCAGGAAGUGGAAGUGGAACCAGGGUGCAUGGAACUGGUACUGGACCUGGUAUGGCUGGAACUGGUGGUGUUCCGUCGAUGGCUUCAUUUUCUGGGGCCCAUGGGGAGAUGCUAUUUGAUAGGACAGGGCAAAUGAUGAAUAACAAUGGUCCACCAUAUGCAGGGCGCAGGGACAUGGGCUUCAAUGACAGAGUAAUUGGACAAAGUUUUGUAGCACAUCCUGCAUCCAUGGGAGUCAAUAGCAUUUUUGGGCCAUCAACAUCCAUGGAAAGCUUCCCAGGGAUGCCAAACGCCCCAUCUAUUAAUGCGGCUAAUGGAAGCUCAGCCUCUGAUCUCUAUCAGUUUGCUGAUGCUGUUUUUGGAAGGUGAGAUCUGAUGACAGCAAUGGUUCUCGCAAGCGUGCCACCUAAUUAGAUGAAUGCCUGAUCACUUGAUACAUCGACCUUAAAACAUUAAUCAUAUUAUUGCAUAUAGUAAAAAAAAUUAAUAUACCUAAAAUACCUUAAUCGUUA